AAACUUCAGUUGCCACGUUGGUUAUUGACGACGUGUUCUAUAUUUCCGUCAUUGCAGUAUUUUAUCACUUACACGUUGGCUUCCUUUGUCAUUGGACUUAUUUCAGUUUUUAUACUUAUUUAAUAUAGGAUCAAGUUUCUACAGUUCAUAAGUUGAACACAACCGAACAAUGAAAGUAAAAGAGAUUGAUCGAACUGCAAAUGUGGCAUGGUCACCAUCUUCGCAGCAUCCAGUGUACCUGGCAGCUGCAACUGCUGCACAACAGCUUGAUGCAACUUUUAGUACAUCAGCUGCUCUUGAAAUAUAUAAACUGAACUUAGCAGAAAAUGACUUGCAAAUGCCAAUGGUUGGAUCAGUACCUUCAGAACACAGGUUUUACAAAAUUCUUUGGGGUUCCCAUGGAAUCUCAAACAGCACUUGCCCAGCUGGUAUAAUUAUUGCUGGUUCUGAAACUGGCACUGUCUUAGGUUAUAAUGCUUCCUCGCUCAUUUCAGGCGAGGAAGUUACUCCUAUUUUUAAACAAGACAAACACACUGGAUCUGUUAAAGCAUUGGAUUUUAAUAUUUUUCAGCCAAAUUUAUUAGCGUCUGGCGCUUGUGAUUCAGAAAUUUACAUUUGGGAUUUAAAUAAACCUGACACUCCAAUGACUCCUGGUUCAAAAUCAAUGCCUCCUGAAGAAGUGACUUGUAUUGCUUGGAACUGUCAAGUUCAACAUAUCCUGGCUUCUACAUUCUCGGCUAGAUGUGUUGUCUGGGAUCUACGGAAGAAUGAGCCUAUUAUUAAAAUUAGUGACAGUAUGUCUGGGAUUAAAAGUAGAUUAACUGCCUGGAGUCCGGAUGUAGCAACUCAACUUUGUUUAUCUUCUGAAGAUGAUCACACACCAGUCAUACAACUGUGGGAUUUACGUUACGCAACGUCACCUUUACGCUCAUUUGAAAAACACCAAAGAGGUAUUUUAAGUUUAGCAUGGUGUCCUCAGGAUCCAGAUUUGCUGCUUAGUUGUGGAAAAGACAACAAAAUCCUGUGUUGGAAUCCCAAUACUACAAUUCAAGGUGGAGAAGUUGUUUGUGAACUAGAAACCAGUAAUCAGUGGAGUUUUGAUGUCCAAUGGUGCCCUCGAAAUCCUGGAAUUAUUUCAAGCGCUUCAUUUGAUGGACAUGUCAGCGUCUUUUCUUUGAUGGGUGGAGGACAUCCCUGUCAACCAACCAACAAGGUUGCUGAAUCAUUUAAUACUAAUGUGUUUCCUGACCAAUCUUCAUCACAAACUACACCAGUCAUCAUUCCAUUGCAAAAACCCCCAAAAUGGCUAUGUAAACCUGUUGGAGCAACAUUUGGGUUUGGUGGUAAGCUGAUAACUUUUGAACACAUUCGAGGAACUGUCAAUCCCAACCAAUCUCCUGCAGCUACACAAAUGCAAAGCCAAUCUCGAAUUGUUUGUAUCAGUCAAGUUGUUACAGAGACAGAUUUGUUACAUCGAUCGAACCAGCUUCAAAAUGCUUUAAAUAAAAACGAAAUUGUGGAAUUUUGUUCAAUGAAAGCUGAGAAUAGUGUUGAUUCUAUGGAACAAAACAUCUGGAAGUUUCUCAAGUCAAAUUUUGAAGAAGAUCCAAGAUCUAAAUUCCUUCAGUUGCUUGGUUAUAACAAAAAUGAACUUGCCCAAAAUGUAUUGAAGCAUGUAAGCCUGAAUGAGGAUCAACAAGGUGUAAAUGCUGCAGAAUUAGCUCAGAAAAUGUCACUCUUGGAUACUGAUUCCAUAGGACAGGGUGGUUUGCCUCUGAGUGGCCAAGGUUCCCCUAGUGUUGGUUCAAAGACUCCUAACAGUAUUGGAGAACCAUCUGAAGCAUCUUCGUUAUUUGAAGAUAUUACCUUGCAACAACGGAAUCUGUCUGGAUCACAAUCCCCAAUGCCUAUUCCAGCUCAUUCAAGUUUAUCAGAUACAUCAAGCUCAAGAACUCCCCUCACAAUAUCCACUAAUUCAGAUGCAAAUGGCUUGCUUAGUCAAGCAUUAUUAAUGGGCAAUUUUGAAGCUGCAGUUGAGAUGUGUCUUCAUGAAAAUCAAAUGGCUGAAGCUAUUUUACUUGCCAUAGCAGGUGGUCCCGAUUUGCUUCGACGUACACAGAAUAAAUAUUUCAGCACUAAUCACAGUUCUUUGAGCCGAUUAAUUUCAUCAAUUGUGACUCAUGACUGGACUCAUGUCAUUCAAACCUGUAACCUGGAGAACUGGAAAGAAGCUCUAGCUGUACUUAUAACAUAUACUUCUCCAGAAGAAUUUUCUUUUCUAUGUGAUUCCUUGGGAAGUCGACUUGAAGCUGAGAAGGAAUCAUCAGUCAAUGCUAGUUUGUGUUAUAUUUGUUCGGGAAAUGUUGAAAAACUUGUUGAAAAUUGGCAACAAAAUUCACAGAAUGCAAAUGAGCCCUCAGCUCUUCAGGACCUGGUUGAAAAAGUCAUGUUAUUACGCAAAGCUGUUGAAUUUUCUCAAGGCCAAGAAAUACCAAUAAAAGAAGGAUUAGUUGCUGAUAAACUUUGCAAAUAUGCCUCAAUUCUUGCUGCACAAGGAAAUUUGAAUACUGCCAUUAAUUACAUGAACUCAUUUCCAGGGCCUGCCCUAGAUUCGAUGAAGGACCGUUUGUUUCAUGCUCUCAAUGGGAAUGUAGCGGGUGUGCAACAACCAGCUUUUCCGUUUCAAAAAGUCGAAAUCCUUCCAGAAGGGGCUCAAAGGAGCCAACAACAACAACAACAACAACAGCAGCAGCAGCUACAACAACAGCAGCAACAACAACAACAACAACAACAGCAACAACAUCAUCAGCAACAUCAACAACUACAUCAACAACAAAAGCCUUAUCAAGCGUCACAACCCCAACAGGCUUAUGGACAAGCGCCACAAAAUUUGUACCAGCCGAAUCUGCAACAGAAUCAAUCUUUCCAGAAACAACAGGAAGAACAAAGACUUGGAUUGAACCCACAACAGGUCAAAUUUAACGAGGUUCAAGCAAUCAGCCAGUUUCGAACUACGACUACCCCUAGUUCAUAUUUUGGACAAAAUCAGUAUCCUAGUACGAAUGGUUCAGCUGCCGCACCACAAAUUCCAUCUUAUCCAACACAUAUGAGUUCUAUGAUGGCUCCAUCAACUGGUGCCCCAAUGUCUAAAGGUCCUUUAGCACAAAAAUAUCGUACCCAUUCUGGUUCUGCAAAUGCUGGUUAUGGAAUGGAAAACUACAACCAAACCAUUGCCUUAAAUCCAGAUUAUUCUAAUAAAAGUUCAUACCAACAACAGAGUUAUCCUAGUCCAAAUUCUUACCAAACUUCAAAUACUUAUCAUCAACAACAACCAAUGCAGCCAUCCAAUGUAUACAAUCCAAAUUCGGCACCAGUGGCUCCACAAGCUUCUGCUCCAAUGGGAGAUAUUCCUUCCUUCCAACAUUCAGGCUGGAAUGAUCCCCCCUUGGUUGACCCGGCACCUGUACAGCAAUUUGAAUCUCCAAAUGCAAUUCCCAAUCAAAUGUAUGGAAUUCCUGGAAACACUGAUCAACAACAACAACCUGUCAACAGUUAUCCAAACAUUUACAACCCCCAGGAACAUCAGCCUCAAUUGCCGCAAUCAGCACCUGUAGUUAACCAAGCUCCAGAACCUGUACCUGAAGUUGUAAAAGGACCGUUGCCAAAUGAACAUCAAAUUUUACAAGACAUAUUUGAUGCUUUGGUUGAAAACUGUUUAAAAGUUGCAUCAAAUGCUCAAACUAAAAGAAAACUGGAAGAUGUAGUUAAGAAACUGGAAGCUUUAUAUGACAAGCUAAGAGAAAAUUCGCUGUCCCAGAACAUCAUUCAAGGCUUGCAUCAAAUUGUACAAUCAUUGCAACAAUAUGACUACGACACAGGACUACAAAUCCAUGCUCACAUGAUUAAGCACGGAAACUUUUCUGAAAUUGGAAGCUUUAUGCCUAGUUUAAAAGUGUUAAUGCAAACGGCAAACAAUCUCCAAGUACAAUGAACAAUGGGUGAUGUAAAUCUCUCUGUUGCAUUUAUUCUGAUUAUUCAUAAGUCCUUAACUACAAGAAAAGAACUGAACAUUUCUCUGAAAUCGUGUUAGCAGUUUCUUGCGUCUACACAACUGCUAAAUACUGGAAACUCGGGUGGGUCAGCAGAAUGUUAGCGAUUUGGAUACUAUAUAUAUAUAUAUUCUUUUGACAUCAUGAUUUAUUAAUAAAAUGUCACGUUUUUUUUUUUUUUUUUUCAAACAAUUCUCAAGGAACCUUCAUUAGAAUUUAAUUAAACAUUUAUAUGUUUAUUUAUUAUUAUUAUUAUUAUUAUUUUAAUAUUUUUUUUUUGCUGCUAAUUCUUAAAUUAUACUUCAUUUGAUCUAUAGUAUAAUUCUUCUAAUUACUGCAUGCACUUUGCCGCCUGUUUUCUUGUCCCCCAAACAGGAUAAUUUGAUCACACAUUGAUAAAACUUCUGCUGAUAACUCAAUAAAUUUUAAUAUUUCAACAGAAUUUACUUCUGUUAAAGGUUUUACUUGUUUCUUUAUUCCUAUCUUGUUCUGUUCAUGCUUCUAAUUAACUUGUUAAAUAUCCUCUUGUUUACUUAGUUAUGGCUUCUUAAGCCAAUCAUCCUCAUGUUCAUAGAUUAAAUAUCUCAGUAAUAAAAAAAAAAAAAUUAAGAAAAUUUCUGGGAACAGGGCAGAAAAAUAUCUAUCUUUAUUGUACAGAGCA